UUUUUAACUGCAACUUUAUACAGCAUGCCGCUUCGAUCUCGCAAAAAUUGAAGUGAAGUGGCAUCCAUAGCUCCGUGCAAGCGCGAAAACAUUUAUGGUGGGUUAAUUUCAGUAAAGGUUAAAAAAUGGGAGCAUACAAAUAUAUGCAAGAGCUAUGGAGGAAAAAACAGUCAGAUGUAAUGAAAUUUUUACUCCGCACAAGAUGCUGGUAUUAUAGACAAUUGAAUACAGUUCAUAGAGCCCCAAGACCUACAAGACCUGAUAAAGCUCGCAGAUUAGGAUACCGUGCUAAACAAGGAUAUGUUGUAUAUCGUAUAAGAAUCCGCCGUGGUGGUCGUAAGAAGCAAGUACCAAAGGGUUGCACUUACGGAAAACCCAAAAAUCAUGGUGUAAACCAAUUGAAACCUGUCCGAAGCCAUCAGUCUAUUGCAGAAGAACGUGUGGGACGUAGAUGCAAAGCACUUCGAGUUUUGAAUUCUUAUUGGGUAGCCCAAGAUUCCACUUAUAAAUUCUAUGAAGUAAUAUUGGUUGAUCCUGCCCACAAUGCCAUUCGUAAUGAUCCUAAAGCCAACUGGAUAUGUAAGGCAGUACAUAAACACCGUGAGUUGAGAGGAUUGACCUCUGCUGGCAGUAAAUCUCGUGGCCUGGGCAAGGGACAUAAGUUCAACAAGACCAAGGGUGGAUCACGCCGUGCUUGCUGGAAGAGGCGCAAUACUUUGCAAUUGCGCCGAAAGCGAUAGAUGUUUUUGUAUUCCUCCUAAUAAAAUAUUAAGAAGUA